AUUUAAAUAAACUGUUUAUUAAUUGGUAACUAUGAAAUGUGUACCGAAUAGUAAAAAAAAAUCGUUAGAUAAAAAUACACUUUAAUUAAACACGUUUUACCAAACUGUUACAUUUAUUUCGAUGUAGAAAAUGAAGAGCUAUAACGCUUUCUACUAUACAAACUCCUUUUUUUUCUACUAAUUUCUACUAAUCUUGACGAUUUGUGAAACUGGGUAGCUCACUGCUUUGUUGACAAGAAAAAAAUCGGUAAAAAUAUGGUAUCCUCUUACUGGGAAAGUCAUCGAUUUCUUUAAUUUUUAGAGAUCUGUUUGUUUAGAAAAUAUUGGAGUUUAUUUUAUUUCGAGAUUAUUAUAUGUAGAAUUUAUAUUUAAAAUUAUUGUGUUAUACUUUACAAUAUUAAAAAAUUAAAAUUAAUAUUGUAGGACCAUAAAAACAAGUUGCAACAACGUUAUUGGUAGUUGUAAAUUUACAAUAUUGUGAAGGCUGUGAUAAGGUAGUAUCGUUUUUGAAACAUCAGUACCGCCUUAAUAUUUCUUAACUUUCAUAGUAAAUUCGUAAAUUGUAGAACAGUUGUUGUGAGGUCGCCAUGUUGUUAUUUACCUUGUGAUUUCAUGCUGGGCAUUUGUGAUAUGGGUAAAGUGUUGUGACGCGGCAACCAGUGUGUGAGCAUGUUGGAGGAUGUUCCCGUGCACGGAAGUCGGUCAGACUCCCGCAAUGGAAAGAGUACUAUCCACCAGAGAAACCUCAGCUUGGAUUUCAGGCAUGUGACAGGCGCAGGAGGGCCGCCAGCGGGAUGCGGUCAUCAAAGGAACAGGUCCCUGGACUCUGUGCUCCAACGGAUACCAGAAGACAUGACACCAACUUCGCCGGAGGAUGCACCUCUGCGACUCACUAUCGAAGCGACGGUACCAAGAUUGGCGCUACCCCCGGAAGUGCCGACAGGCUCAGACGACUCUGGUAUUCACACGCCGCCCGAUGACAACGAAGACGAGCGACCCCCGCUCCCGACAGCGGCGCGGUCUAGAGAAAGUCUUGAUUCUGGAAAUCCGGAAGACACAGAGAAACCUCCCGAUCCCCCCGAUACGAUAGCAGAACCGACAACUACAGCUGGCACCAGCGUCGCAAGCACGUCCAAAAACAAAGACUCUCUGUUAAGACUAUUCGAGAGUUCGUUGUUUGACAUGAACAUGGCAAUAGAAUAUUUUCACAACUCCUCGGGCGUACAGACUUAUCUGGCGAAUAAGUUGUUUUCGUUUCCGCACGAGGAUGUCGAUUUUUAUCUGCCGCAGCUGGCAACGAUGUACAUAGAGUUAGCCGACGUAGCGGAGGUGCUAAAGCCGUAUUUGAUUCAUAGAUGUAAACAGAGCACGGAGUUUUCGCUGCGACUCGUAUGGUUGUUGACCGCGUUCGGUGGAGAUUCGACAACGUCUAAAGCGAUGAAGCUGAGAGAAUCCAUACUGGCCGAAAAGAUUAGGCCGGCAGCGAAAAGAGGACAUCACCGAACACAAUCGGACGCUUCGGCGUUGAGAGUGUCGACGCCUCCUUGGAAAUAUUUAGGGGACUUGACAUCUGGACGGGCCUUCGAUAAUGGUUGUGUUUGUGGGGAACAGUGUUCGUGCGACGCUCCCAGACUGGCACCGCAUUUAGAGUUCAUGUUGGCGCUAAUGAAUAUCGGACGCCGGUUGGCCAGCGUCGCGGACAAGGAACGAAGGAAUGGCCACCUCAGAGCUGAACUAGCGACUCUGAACCUGAAUUUGCCGGCCAAAGUUUGGCUACCCCUAUAUCACAAGCCUCACUACGUGUUGAGGAUAUCACCGUACGCGGCCACGGUGCUCAAUAGCAAAGAUAAGGCUCCGUACAUAAUGUACGUGGAGGUACUAGAGACUGACGGGCACGAGCCUCUUCCUCCUCGCCAGCUGCCUCCAGCGCCACCAGCUCCCCACUCUCCCCCCAUCAGACAUACGAAGAGUGAGGAGAACCUCGUGCCUGAGUGGCCUGCGCUCUCCCUGUAUUCGGCACUGGACGACGUGGACACCGGAGACUGCUGGAGUCAUGACGACGAUGAACUCAGCUCUCAUUACGACCACAGAGCGCCCGCGCCCGACAGCGUGUCGCAGGUCUCGGCGGUUUCGGUUCUGUCCACGUCAUCGUGCGGCAGCCGCGAGUCUGUGGCCGUGGUCGCCGGCGAGGUGCGCAGGAGGCUGGUCGACGCCACAGAAGCAGAAACCUUCAGACACGACCCCGCCGAUCCGUCCGCUACCGCACUUAAGGAAUCGUGGGAGAGCAAGCUGUGCCGCAUCCGCGCCAUGUCCCCGUACGGCGCGCUGUCGGGCUGGCGGCUGCUGGGCUGCAUCGUGAAGGUGGGCGACGACCUGCGCCAGGAGCUGCUGGCCGCGCAGCUGCUGCGCCGCCUCACCGCCAUCUGGCGCCACGAGCGCGUGCCGCUGGCGCUGCGCCCCUACGAGAUCCUGUGUUUGGGCCGCGACACCGGACUCAUACAACCGGUGCUGAACUCUGUGUCGCUGCACCAGAUCAAGAAGCAGUCGGGGAAGUCCCUGCGCGCGUGGCUACAGCUAGAGCACGGCGCGCCCACCUCUGAAGGCUUCCUGCGCGCGCAAAGGAACUUCGUGGAAUCCGUCGCCGCCUACGCGCUCGCCAGCUAUCUGCUGCAACUCAAGGACCGGCACAACGGAAACAUCUUAUUGGACAGCGAAGGUCACAUAAUCCACAUCGACUUCGGGUUCAUAUUCUCUACGUCACCGAAAAAUCUUGGAUUCGAAAGUUCACCGUUCAAAUUGACACAGGAGUUCGUUGAGGUAAUGGACGGCGAACACUCGGACAUGUUUCAAUACUUCAAGAUAUUGAUCCUGCGCGGCCUCAUCGCGGCGCGCAAGUACUGCGACCAGAUCAUACACAUGGUCGAGCUGAUGCGAAUGAGCGGUCAGCUGGCGUGCCUCCGCAGUAGUAGCGUGGUGUCGUCGUUCCGCGCUCGCUUCCAGAGCGGCAAGACCGACCCGCAGCUGCAGGCGCUCGUCGACAGGCUCGUGCAGGACGCGCUCAACUCCAUCUCCACCAGGCUCUACGACAACUACCAGUACCACACCAACGGGAUACUGUGAGCGUCGCCACCCGCCAGCUCAACCAUACGAACUAGAGAUGAAACGGAUAUCCGGUAACUCCGGUAUCCGGCCAUGUUUUCACUAUCCAGCCGGAUAGCGUAUAUAUAAUAAAUCAGUAUCCGACCGGAUUUCGAAUAGCAAAAUUGAAGAAAAUCUCAUGGUUAUACAAAAGGCUAAUAAUACCACAAUAGGCUAUAAACAACUUUUAUUUUUAAAAUCGCACGUCAAAAGUGAUUGUUUUAUUGUUAUAAUUAGUUUGUUUAAUACUCAAAAUUAACAAGUGGCAAAUUGUGGUGAAUGAAUACCAAAUCGUCGUCGUACCGAGUCGUCGCGAUCUCCGCUCACGUGCGACAACACACGAACGCGCACGAAUAUUUCCGAAAGGGCCGAACAUCCGGCGCUCCGGCCUCGCAGUUUGCCGAAUAUUCGGUAUCCGGUAUCCGACCAAACCACUAUCCGUUUCAUCUCUAAUACGAACCAUACCGAACUGAAUAUCCAACGAUCGCGUGUGAUGACUAGAGAUGGGAUAAUUCGAUAAAAUCGAUAUUUUUUUUAUUCUGGUCGUCCAGAAAAAACGAAUAACUAUUUAAAUCAUUCAAAUUCGAGAAAAUUAUAAUGUAAAUCGUUUAUUCUCGCACCGCGCUGCUGCCCCGGGACUCUUUUGGGUUGAACAGGUAGUUUAAAGAGUAUAGGGGAUUCCCGUAUAAUAAUACUCCUAAACAAAAUUGUUGAAAAGGCGCAACAAAUUCAUUGAUAGUAAAUUUCCCUGAAGUUAACGGCUAAUGCUAAGGAUCAAAUUAUACGUGUUAAAGUUCGUGUGCUUCCUUUAGUUCGGUUCGAUUUUGUUCUAUGAACGUAACGUAUUUUGCACAAACAAUAAAUACAAAAAACUCAUGCUAGUACAGUUGUGAGUUUAACAUCAAACGAAGGAAUAGCGUUGUAACCGGUGAAUAUGUUAUUUAAAAGCGCCAUUUAACGCAAAAAAAGUUUAGGGGAAAAUAUAGGUACUAUUUUAUUUUUAAUUGCCACAUUCAAUCUAAAUGAAACAUUUCCAACAUGAGAUUUUCGUUGUUAUCAUCAAUAGUGCAAUGCAUGAGAUUAGCAUCAAGAACAAAAAAAAUAGUAUUUGAAUUAGUUUUAGUUUAAGCGGCUUCGGGUUCCUUGGUCGUUGUCAUUUCAUAAAUCAUCAUUUAAAACCUCCUUCACCUCACUCGAACUACCUUCUCUAUAACUUUAAUAAUUAAUAUUUACGAAUCAUUAAAUAUUCAUUUAAAUAUUAAACAUAUAAUAUUGUAUUCAUAAUUUUAAUUUCUGUUUUUAAAAAAAAAUGUAUAUCAUGCUGAGUAAUAAUUUAAAAAAAAAAAACAGACACUCCGAAAUUCGCUUGUAAAUGCAUGCUUUUAGUGUUUUAAAGAUUAGUGCCAUAAACAAAUAAUGCUUUAUCGUUUUUACUUUAACCUCUGUUUACUUUGCUCAACAUUCAUUGGUCACAUUGUAAUAUCUGAACGCAUUGAGCGUGUUCUAUAUAAGAACACCAGCCACUUGAUCACUUCGGAUAGAAUUAUAAAAUGUAGAAAAUUCCAAAAUAUUGUGUAAAUAUAAAUAUAAAAUAUGUAUUAUGAUAAUUUUCGCAAUGAGAAGACUGAUUGUUCAGGCAUGAAGUGUUAGGUUUAGGUUCUUAACACAUUAAGUUUUAUCCUGUAUAUUGAAAUUCUUUGUGUGCCUGUGGUGUGCGCGAGUGGAAUGCAUUAACUGCAAAUUAAACUGCAUUAAAUGAAAUGAAUUUUAGCGAAAACGUGUUGUGUGUGUGUCAAUAUGGAUAUUUCAUACACCACUAUAUUUUUAUUAUCGAAGAACGAGGUCUCUGUCAAUGUCGGGUGGUUAAUGUGUUGCCAGAAUCAAUACAGGGUUAUUGAAAUGUUGAAAGUAAAAAAAAAAUUGAGUCAUCCUAGCGGACCGUACUCUUCGAAAACAAUAGUUAUAUUGUAGGUUUGUAUGUAUGUAAUCAAGAAUUAUAAAAUAGUCUUUACGUCCUUUUAAUGAAACAAAAUCCAUACACUUUCACUAUCACAUAAAGAAACAUUUUUAUUAAAAAAAAAAAUAGUGGUGUAUUAUUAUCCACGCGCUAGCUAGGAACUUGUUUGUUCCCCUGAAUGUGGUGUACAUUAAAAUAAUUUUAUAAAGGUUCAAAUUUACGGAUAUGAAAGUAAAUUUUUGGUGUUGCCAAUUAAUUCGUUGUAAGGUGGAACGAGGGUUGCCCCACUAUGUAAUCAUUUAUUGUUUGUAUAAUAAAUGCGUUUACAAUUUUGAUAAUGUUAAAUAAAUAUGUAAUGAGAACGAUUAAAUAUUUCAAUUGAACCUUUUGUAAAUAAUCUUUGGCUCUUUAUUGUAUAACCAACAUUUUAAAGAUGCCAAAUAAUAUGAUUUUUUUAAUAAUUGUUAUUAUUGCAUACAUAAAAUUUAUCUAUUCUCUUUGCUGAAGUUUAAUAACAAUUUGCUGUUAUAUAUUCAUAUAUUUGUUGCGAUAACACGCUUGUGUGUGACGAAGCAUCAAUGCUUUGAUUUGGAUCAAAAUCUGAAAAGAAAUCCUAAUGCGUUUGUAACUUGAACAUAUCGAUUCUUUAGUAACAGCAACGCGUCUUAAAAUAUUCAAUUAUAGCUAUAUGUAUAUUGAAGUUAUUAUUGUCAAAUUUGUUUUGUACUAAAGACUGCUGAAUACUAGAUAAUCGAUUUUUAAAAGAGCGCGUUAUCAUAACAUUUUGAAUUAAUUGUUAUGAAAUUAAUGUACGUUUUGAAGUAAAUUAAAGAUAAAUAUGAAGUAUCUAAAAAUUGUAACGUGACCAUAUUUAGUCGAUUCGGGUAAUAAAUAAUAAUAAUAAUAAUAAUAAUCUUUGAAUGUUCGUCAUUACAGAUAAGUAAAUUAUUCUGUUUAAAAAUUGUAAUAACAUUGAAAUGUCCAAAUAGGUCAAAAUUUAAUAAAUUAAUUUAUCAACGUGUACAGGUAAUUGUAAGUAGGUACGUACUUGUAACAUUAAUCUUAUUUUUUUUAAAUAUACAUAAUCAUGGUUUUUA